AUGGUUGGCAAUUUAGGCGCGAAUAAGCCUGUUGUUUUACUGGCUUAUUUAUUUCCUGUUUUUUUCCAUUCGCUCCUAAAUGUCUUACACGCUACUCCAACAUCGCUACUGCCUAACACCGUUGCUUUUUAUUACUUUCUUCCCUGUCCCAAUAGCCGUUCGGUUUUGUAUCCUCACCGUUCCGUUUCGUUAUUGCUUUCAGAGAAAUUUGGUGUUCCACGAGAAGGUGGCGAACCGGGUGAGCGGUGUAUACCGGCCACUUAUCGCCUAUUGUACUUCAUCGGAUGGAAACCGGACCCCUCUCAGAGAAAACCUCUCCCUCGGGGCAGUGCCCAAUUCUCACUCAAGGAUAUCAGUCGGAUCGACGAAAUCAUCAGUCAAGUCGAAGAAAGUGCGCCUUCCUCUGAUUCACCCACACGGCCGAACUAG